AUGGGGGGACAGGAGAGAGGCCUCUGCCCCCACCCUCGGAUCAGCCCCCCAGCAGCCCAGCAGGCUCAGGCACACCUGGAAGGUGUGAACCGACACUUCCACAUGAUUUGUAUCCGGGACAAGUUCAGCCAGAACAUAGGACGGCAGGUCCCAUCCAAGGUCAUCUGGGACCACCUGAGUACCAUGUAUGACAUGCAGGCCCUGCAUGAAUCCGAGAUCCUUCCCUUUCCCAAUCCAGAAAGGAACUUCAUCCUUCCAGAGGGGAUUGUCCAGGAGGUCCGGGAAGGAAAAGUGGUCAUUGAGGAGGAGAUGAAAGAAGAGACCAAAGAGGACGUGGACCCCCACAACGGGGCUGAUGAUGUGUUUUCCUCUUCAGGAGGCUUGGGGAAAGCCGUGGAGAAGUCCAGCAAAGAGAAAGAAAAGACCUCUUCAGACUUGGGAUCCAAGGAAGGGGCCGACAAGCGGAAGCGCAGCCGGGUCACUGACAAGGUCCUGACGGCCAACAGCAACCCCUCCAGCCCCAGUGCUGCCAAGCGGCGCCGGACAUAG